AUGAUGUUGGAAGUGCGUAGAGUAUACACAAUUUUGCUCAUGAAAGCAAACGUUGUUUGCCCUUUAUUUCUUUUAUUGGCAUGCUUCUUUUGUAGCUACAUCUUUUGUUUUCGUAGUCAAAAAGAAACUGGACGUCAACAUUCUGACAUUUCUAGCCUCCAAGCUUGUGAUAUUGUCAAUUGUUUUUGGAUUCCAAUAAGUGUAAAAACUAAUUGUUCUGAGGAAGAACACAUGACAAACUCGUUUCAUGACAAUCUUUUGAAGAAAGAAUGCAUGUUUGUUCCAACUGUUAUCAAGAGGGGUCUUGGUAGCGCAAAAUCAAAGGAGUGCCUUAUAUUAUAAGCCAACAAAAGCAGAAUAAAUCCAUGCCUUGUUAGAGAAAGCACUACCUAUGUUACUAAAAAGAAAAAAGCUAGAAAUACCAGAUAUUUUCGGCAUAUGUGUAAAUGGCUAAAAACUUUGAGAUGAAUCAACAAGAUUGAUAGACUCUCACCAAAUUAGUACCCGCACAGAUAAAUUUUAGGGUUUAGAAAUAAAAUUGGUCUUGUACCUUAAAGACAAUAGAUUACGAUGCAAAGUAAAAAUACCACAUCUGGUAAACCCAGCCUAAACAUGAUAAGUGCGCCUUCAGCAGCUUAUUUGUUUCGGGUUAUUAGACUUGUUCCUUUUUAUUUUUGGAAAGGCCCUGGUCCUGCGCCUUAUUAUGUGUGUGCGGGUGUGCUUUUCAGAUGACCCCAAUCAUAAUAAAAAAAACACGACAUCACUUGUUUU